UUUUCUUUUCUAGGGUACAGUACUCUGAUAUUCUGUAGCAUACUCUUGAGAUUCUGUUCUUGUUCUUUUAUUGUUUACAAGAUUAAAUGGUAGAUUAAAAACUUGAGAAAAUGUUUAUUUUUUCUAAAAAAGGGGUACAUUAUACAGUGGCAGCUUUAGUUGCAUUUUUUACAUUAGCCGCAAUCGGCAAUUUUCAAUUAUUUAUCUCCAAGCAAACUCUAAACUAUUGGGAUGCAGAGACCUCUGUGUCUGGAGCUUUUGUUUGGGACUUGAUUCUUCUUCUCCUAUUUAUUGCUCAGCACAGCAUCAUGGCCACAGACUGGUGCAAGCAAAAGAUGUCUUCCUUGUUUUGUAUGACAGUUUCCUAUCGACUUACUUACGUUGCAGCUACUAGUUUUGCAUUGAUGUUCAUGAUCUUUCAAUGGCUGUCCAUACCUGAAGCUUAUCUGUGGUUCAUCGACACUCAGAGGCAUGUUUUGCUUUGGUUAUUUUUCUUGAUGUUCCAUGCUCUGGCCUGGCUUAUGCUUGCAUUAGAACUUGUUCUAGUGGACUUGGGUGAAAUGAUAGGAGUCAGUCAGAUUGUACAUUACCACACAUCUCUACAACCCCCUCUGGCUGAAAAAAUGAAAUUGGUGAAGCACAUUUAUUCCCGCAUGAGGCAUCCAGGAGUGGUUCUUUUGACAAUCAUGCUAUGGAUUCAUCCAAUUAUGACACUGGACAGGCUUCUUUUAGCCUGCACUCUUACAAGCUAUAUGAUUGGACGGCACAGUUUUGAAGAAACUCAGUAUAGAUUUGCUGAGCACUACUUUAAGGUGAAGGUGAAGAGGCCAAAAUCAUGUUUUGUCACUUCUUAUCAACUUUAUCAGGAAGACUAGUUCUAGUUGUUUGAAAGUUUGUUACAUUUCUAAAUGUUUAACAUACAAACAGGAAAUUAUUUUCUGUCUAAUGCAAUAUAAAAAAUCUCUUAAUUAAAGACUGAAGUCUUACUCAACCUCUGAAUCUAAUCAACUUUUUAUUUCAGUUUAAGAUUUAGUAGUUCUAAAAUAUGACAGUUUUGAUUUACAAUUGCAUAUUUGUGGGAUAAACCUAAUGUAACCACACUUCUUGCUAAAGUUUUCAUGAUUAUUUAGUUGCUAUUUCUUGGCUCAUUAAUCACCACUGAUAUCCACUUUCUAUUUAGUCAUAUUUUUUUUUUUAUUUUUUUUUAUUUUCUUAUUCUUUUGUAUGCAGACAUCUAUGUCUUCAAGAAAAUUUUACUUAAAGCCCUCUGAAAUCAGUCUUUUAGCCCAGCGGUUCUCAACUUUUUUAGCUCGGCGACCCUAAUACAAUUCUCCCCUAGGUGGCAAAAAAUAGACAAAAAAAACAAAAUUUCUGAUCGUCUUAGUUGAUACCUGGCAAAUGGUCAUUUGACCCCCAAAGGGGUCACAACCCACAAGUUGAGAACCCCUGUUUUAGUCAUUUAAGCUUGACUGAUUUUUUUUUCCCUGCUGCUAGUAAAGUUCUUGGUUUACUUUGUUCAAUCCUUUUUUCCUUGUUUUCCAUCUCUUUUAUCUCUAGUCUUUUGAGUAUAUCUCCAGCACCAAUGCUAAAUUUAAAUGGCUUUCUGUAGUUUUUGCAAGUGGUCACAUCUCAUUUACAACACAACACAUUCAUUUUGUGUACCGGUAUACAGGAAUUUAUUUCUUUUUCUUAGAUUUAUUUAAACAUGUUCAUGUAUAUUGUAAACUCAUUUGAAAUUUUUAAUGCCUGGUCAUGUGGUAUGUCUGGGCUGUGGUUUGAUAGUCUCGAUGGUCCUGGGUUUGAACACUGCCUACUGCCAUCCCCCGUUGUUUUCAGCUAAGAUGUAGAUUAUCUUCAACUUUGAAGGAAUAUCCAAAAUUUGUAAAAACAUUUUACAAAAUAAUAACAGACUAAAAAAAUGAACUUUUUUCCAUUACCAAUAAGUUCUUUGCAAUUAAGCAUCACAUACUGAAAUAGAUAAAUAUAUCAAUUAAAAGGGGGUUUUGCUUAUAAUUGAAUAUGCGCUGUCCAUUUUUGCUAGCAAAUUACAUGUAAUUAAGCAAUGUGCAAGAUAGCAACAAUUUUAAAACCCCUCUACAGACAAUGGGUUUUUCUGUUUCAAGUGUAACUAUAUAGGUAAUUUACAGCUGGAUCUGUGACAUACUUUGCCUACUUAAUUAUUGUAUCUUUCAGAAGACAAUGAAAAUUGAUUGUAACUGAUUUUCAUGAUAAAUUUUAAACUCAAUAAUUUACUAUUUGUUAUUUUGAGUUACAAGACCCAGUUUACAUUCAUUAAGCAAUAAAAUACAGUUCAAUAUUAAAAGAAGAGAAAAUGAUUUGGAGAUUUGUGGUGACAACAUAAGGUAAACUUAUGAAAAUUCAUGAAAAAUUUAAUCUAUGUAUGAAAAUCAAAACAGAUUGGUCGAGUUUUUUACUUAAUCAGACAAACUGAGAAAUGUCAAUGACGCCAUAUUGAAAAUUCACUGUUACUGAAUGAUAACAAAUAUGUUUGCUACAAGCAAAAGAGCCUAUAAAGGCAUUUGAUUUUACAGUGCUAACAAGUGAAAAUAAGUUAAUACCUUAUUUGAUUUUACAGUGCUUUCAAGUGAAAAAAAUUAUUACAUACCUUAUUUGAAAAUAAGUUAAUACUUUAUUUGAUUUUACAGUGCUUACAAGUGAAAAAAAAUUAUUACAUACCUUAUUUGAUUUUACAGUGAUAAAAUGUGAAAAAAAAUUAUUGCAUACCUUAUUUGAUUUUACAAUGAUAUAAUGUGAAAAAAAAUUAUUGUAUACUUUGUAAAAUAUAUAUCCAUCCCAGUGGCGCUACAGCCCAUGGAGGGCCCUGGCCUCCCUUCUGAUCUAUCCUGUGCUUUAUGCCUCCAUGCCCAGACUUUUAGCUGUUGUAGAUCUGCCUCUGUGUCAUCAAGCCACCGUACUCGUGGUCUGCCUUUGUAGAUAUUCUAUACAUUCAAUAGCUAGCUAUUUGUUAUUAUCCACCAAUUAAUUCCAUGAUAACUUGAUUCACAUAAAACUUAUAUUAAAUUUUUGUUUCAUAUAUUUAUACAACUUGUUGUUUUCUUUUUAUAGCUUCUUUAUUUUUUUUGUUUACAACGGUGCUACUUUACUUUUUCAAUAUACAUCUGUAUUAGAUAAAGGUUUUAAAUAUAUUGGAAUUAUUCAUUUAUUAAAUAUAUUGUCUAAUUCUA